GCACGGCGAAGAAACCUGGCUGGGCCGGCGCUUUCGUAGUUGGCCCGGCCCCGGCCUGGGUCGGACGGCGGAGGUGACAGAGCUCUGCUGGCCCCAGUGACGAUGGCGGUGUUUCACGACGAGGUGGAGAUCGAGGACUUCCAAUAUGACGAGGACUCGGAGACGUACUUCUACCCCUGCCCGUGUGGGGAUAACUUCUGCAUCACCAAGGAAGAUUUGGAGAAUGGGGAAGACGUGGCAACGUGUCCUAGCUGCUCUCUUAUUAUAAAAGUGAUUUAUGACAAAGAUCAGUUUACAUGUGGAGAGACAGUCCCAGCCCCUUCCACCAGCAAAGAACUAGUUAAAUGCUGAAGAAGACUUUAGGACUCCAGAGCCUGAACUUUAGCGAAUGAGCCAAGCUGGAAAAAUCAAAUAGGAAGUCACUUCAUGGGGACAAUCAUUUUGAAUUUUGCUGUUCCACAGAGUGUGGAUUCUUUCCAUCGGCUGCCAGGUUCAUCUCCAGUUGAAGAAGCAAGUCCACCACAUGACAUACCUGGAUUUUGUGCCUAGAACUUUGAAUUGAAAGUGCUCUUAAUUUUCCAUCUGAACUUAAAAGAAGAUAAUUUCAAACCAGUGCUUUUUUUCCCUCAGUUUUGUUAUUUUUAUAUUUUAGCACCUAAUUACUUCAUUAUCUGACAACAGCAUCGUCUACCUCAAAGUCAUUAGAAUUCUUUAAUGUAAAAAGAGAUUUUAUUUUUUAGUUGGUUAUUAAGAUUAUUAAAAUCAGCCCUUUCUUUGUAGUUUGACAUCAGCUCUGCUGUUCUCAACUGAAGGAAAUCAGUUGCCUUCAGUCAUUUGGGACUGCACCUUCAGUUGGCCAGGCCAGUCUUCAAGAUCUGGCCAUGAGUCAAAUGUCUGUGUUCUGUUAAGCAUGUCAUUUCCAUUAUACUUCACACACCUGGGUUCUGGUCAUGGUGUUAAAGAGGAAGUAUACUGAGCUCACAAUUUUUCCAGAGUCAAAAGUUAGUGAGUUAAGAAGAAAAGUCAAAAAGUGAAAUGGUCAAAGAAUAUGGAAUUUCUUUAUCAAUAUUCUGCAUGUUUCUUGAAAAUCAGGACAAGAUACAAAGAAAAACAGCCAAAGGAAGUGAAAUUGGUAACAGAAUGAGAGAAGAAAAAUAUAUCUACUUUUAGUAAAUUAAAUGCUUGAGUGGUUUUGCAUGAUCAGAGCAAGUAACAUUUCUGUAUCUGGGUUCUUUUUGUGUAUUUGUUUUUAGGUAAGGCUAACCCCAUCUAGAAUUUUCACUCUAGAUAGCGGUUAAUGUCAAGUCUUCAUGGCUGGCAGCGCUGCUUUCAGCAUUACCACAAUUGAGCCACUAGUCCUAAAAGGUAAAGCUUCAACAGCAACCCUUGUAUUUGCGGAGGAUGAACUUGAAAAUGAGAUGCAUGUUCUAAUGAAAUAUGCCCCAAGGGCACAUGUAAUAAGCCUCUGUAAGCUGCAGCCACACCAGACAUUCACUCUUACCCUGGAGAAAAAGAAACAUAAAGAUAAGCUAUCGGUCUUCCUUUGCUACAGCUCUGAGAAUAGCAAGAAAUCAAAUCACUUGCAUAGAAAUUCCAAAAUUCCCUUUAUAUACACACACCUUUGCUGUGUGUACCUAGAGUUAAACUCAACGACGUCUGGCAGGUUGUUCUGGGAAUGGCUUCUGAAAUUAGAAAAAUAGCUUGCCAGAAUGUGAGCAUUAUAUUACUAACUGAUAAAUGUGCUGUGCACACUCAUUGGGGGGCUAAAAUUUAAAGAGUUCAGUGGCCUUUUUCCCCUGCUAGCAGCAUGGCUAUGUGAAGCCAUUAGGCUGAGACAUAAACCACCAAAAAUUGUAUGCCAGAACUACUUGGUACAUUGUAUGAAGCAUACGGCAUGUUCUUGAUGUGAUGAGAAAUCACAUUGCUACUUAGGACACUGAUACCCCAGAAGUAAGCCACAGUUGCUUUGGAACCAGUGACCACUCAGGUGAACAGAAGAGGGUGUGUGCUGACAGGUGGGGAUGAACUGCAAAGAGAAACGAACUGUCCCACACUCAGAUCUGAUGGUUUUGUAGAUACCCAUAGCUGAUGAUGAAUUUCAAACAAAAACAGACAUCCUUGAUAGCACUUGUGCUGUGAGCAUAGAAGAGCAGAAAGAAAAGUUGCCCUAGUCCAAACGUCCCAGGAGAAAAGCCUAGCCAUCAGUGAUUAUCUAUGAUAACAGGAAUGAUUUCAUUUCCAAAGCAGCUAAGUCACUAAAUCUGUCAACCACAAAAGAACACAUCAGGAUUUAAUCCUAUGUUAAGCAGAGAGUAAAACUAGGGUCUUGCAGAUAUGACUCGAGUUCUGUGUGGUGUGUGUGCCUCGUUCAGCCUCAUAGACAUUUCGGAGCCCCUCUGAGGACUGACUUGUAAUCCAGGCUCUGUCUCUUGCUGGCUUUGUAAUCUUUGGCAAGUCCAGUAGAUUCCUCACCUGCACAAUUAGGAGACUAGAUCAGGGGGUUUGUAAACUCAGUACUAUAAUUUCGGACUUUGUAGUUUGCAGGAGCUGGAAUGAUAAUUGAAACCUUUCCAAAUGAAGCAUGAUGUAAAGAUGAAUUACAGAGAAAGACACUCCACUCUUCAGUAACUCCAUGUUAAAGGAUUCUGCAUAUGCUUUGAUGUACACUUUCAGAAACCUUUUUCUUGGGAAAGCACCCAUCAUUUUUGAUAACUAUACAUAUUAAUUUAUUACCAGGAUAAAUUGUAUUGGCAUGCUGAGUAAAGCCAGAUUAUUCACAUCCAUUCGUUUUCAUGUAGUUUUUCUUCCCCUAAAUACCAGCGUUAUGUGUUAAAAGGUUAUAAUGUGAUUUUAUGUGAGGUGGAAAUCUGUAACCUGCUUUGGGACUUUGUAAGUAGGUUUCUGGUAUGUACAGUACAGUUUUUGAAUAGGAUGGAAAUUGUCACUUUCUAAGGCUUGGCCACAUGGGUUUUGGUUCUGGAUUUUUAUUGUUAUUUGGAAAAAAAUAGCUUUGAAUUAAAUGGCAGAGAGUGUU